CACUUGUACUGGACUCCUUGUGCAGCUCAUUGUUUAGAUUUGUUGCUCGAGGAUAUAUUCAAAAUUCCUCAUCUCAGAAAAUUGCAUGAACGAGCGUUGACGGUUAAUGAUUAUAUUUACAACAGGCCACAAGUAUUGAGCAUGAUGAGAGAGUUUACUGGACAGAGAGACAUGGUAAGAACUGCAAAGACACGUUUCGUAAUAGCUUUUUUGACUUUAAAGCGGUUUCAUGUACAACAAGCAAAUCUGAGAAAGAUGUUUACAUCUGAAAAGUGGACAAAUAGUCGAUUUUCUAAGGAGACUGCAGGAAAACGUGUAGCAGAAGUGAUAUUGAUGCAUUCUUUUUGGAAAAAUAUGAUUUUUGCAUUAAAGGUUGGUGGUCUAUUGGUGAAAGUAUUACGACUGGUAGACGGUGAAAAAAGGUCUCCUAUGGGUUAUAUCUAUGAGUCAAUGGACAAGGCCAAAGAAGCUAUCGCUGCAUCAUUUAACAAUAAUGAAGAGAAAUAUCGUAACAUUUUUGAACUCAUUGACAAAAGAUGGAACAUUCAACUCCAUCGACCUUUGCACGCAGCUGGAUAUUUCUUGAAUCCAGAGUGUUUUUACUCAAACUCUGACAUAGAAAAUGAUACAGAAGUGAUGGAGGGUUUGUACAAGUGCAUAUCCAGAUUAGUGAGAGGUGAGGAUUUACAAGAUAAGAUCACGAAUCAAUUGGAAAAAUACAAGAAAGCAGAAGGACUUUUUGGUUUGCCAAUGGCUAUCCGACAAAGAACUUUAAAAUCACCAAGUAAAUUUAUAAAUAAUAGAUUUUGCAAUAUUAAUAUUGGAUGGUAAUAAAGUUAAUCUUAUAAUUUAUAUAUUUUUGUAUUUUAAGCUGAUUGGUGGUCUUCUUAUGGUGCAUCAACGCCUGAAUUAAAAACAUUUGCAAUGAAGAUUUUAAACCUCACAUGCUCUUCUUCAGGCUGUGAACGUAAUUGGAGUGUUUUUGAACAUAUACAUUCUAAGAAAAGAAAUAGGUUGUCUCAACAACGAUUGAAUGAUUUGGUAUAUAUCAAGUACAAUAGAGCUUUGAGGAAAAAAUAUGACAUGCGAGAAAAAAUUGAUCCUAUUACUUUGUCAGAGAUAGAUGAUAGUAAUGAAUGGUUGUUGGGUAAAUUGGAUGACAGUGAUAAAGACAAUGAUAAUGAUUUUGUCUACGAAGGUGAAGAUUUGUGUUGGAGUUAUGUAGCACGAGCAUCUAGGGUUGGUGAAAGUGCAUAUGGCUUUCGAUCUCGAAAUGCAUCUUCUUCAAAAGGGGCAUCGUUAUUUGCAUCAGCAAAAAGAAAAUAAUCUUCAGCUCAAACUAGUCUUGUUAAUGAAGAAGAAAUUAAUCUGGAUGAUAAAACUGAAGAAGAGGAUACUGAUGGAUACAAAUCAAGCGAUGGAGCUGAUGACGUAGAUUUGGACAAUGAAGAUGAAGAAGAUGAUUAUUUUGAUAUUUGAUAUUUCCUCUAUUAUAUUUUCAAAGACUUAUGAUUUUCAAUUAUCUACAACUUCAUCAAAGAAUAUUUGUUUAUGGUUAUUUGGAUUUCAAAGACAUUUUGAAAGAUUUUUAAUAAAUAUAAUAGUCCUAUUGUUUAUUACGCUUUUAUUCCGUAAAGCCCGCGCUUCGCCUUGCGCUUUGCGCUUUAAGCCCCAAGACCCUUG